UAAAAAUAUGUUGUGCAACACCUAUAAGCCUGGAUAUUGUAUUAUUCUUUUGGACUUGCUUCUAAUUCAAGUGAUUGGCAUCGACAACUAUUAUCAUGGAUUCAACAUUAACCGUUUUGGUUUUCAAAAUCGUAUGAUUUCCUUUUUUGAUAGAGAACAUAUUGCGAAACUUUCCUCUUCAAAAUUAGAGAAAGACACUUACCUUAGAUAUCUAGAUUAUAACAAAUAUAAUACUCUGUCACUUGAACAGAUCAUGGCAACGUUUCAGAAUAAAAGGAAGGACGUUAAUACUUGUACUCAGCCGCAGAAGAAAGUUGUAUUUCUGAAAGUUCACAAAGCCGGUAGUACAACUGUCCAAAAUAUAUUUCUGCGUUAUGGAGACACACAUGGACUUAAUAUUGCCUUACCAAAAACAUAUGAUAUGGAGUGUUUUAAUUAUUUGGGUUUUCAUAGUAUAUUGAACCAGUCAAGAAUUAUGAAACUUCCAAAAAAUAAGACUACGGAUAUUAUUUGUAAUCAUGCUAUUUAUAACAAGGGAGUGUUUACAGAAUUCAUGGGAUUUGAUACAACUUACAUAGGAAUACUCAGGGAUCCCGUCAAUCAAUGGUCGUCUGCAACUUUCUUCUAUGGUUUUAUUGAAUACCUACGUGAUCUUCUUGGUGAGCAUCUUGAAGACAGACAACUUCUAUCGGCCGCUUUGGAAAACCCUAGUAUUUUCCACGACUGUCCACAUACUCACAACUCGAUGUUUGAAGAUUUAGGACUUUCCCUUAAGGAUACUGACAACCAAUCAGCAGUCGAAAAUUACCUUAGACUUCUUGAUGACGACAUUUCAUUGAUUAUGAUUAUGGAGUAUUUUGAUGAAUCUUUGAUUCUUAUGAAGAGACUAUUAUGUUGGGAUAUCAAAGAUAUCAUGUAUGUACCGUUAAAUAUAAACAGCGAAAAAAUGAAAAGAAAAAUAAUUUUGACAGACAAAGAUCAACAUAACCUAUUCAAAUAUAAUUACGCAGAUUUUAGGCUUUACGUGCAUUUUAAGAAGAAAUUAUUCAACAGAAUAAAACAAUCUGGAAACAACUUUUUUGCAGAAGUAAAAUAUUUCCAAAACGCAAGAAAAUCUGUAACAGAAUACUGCAAAAGAUGUCAAUCAUCAAAUUUCUCUAGUUGUACUGAUAUAAAAAUAUUUUCAUCAGAAUGGAGUAAACAGUUAACUAUAACUGGAAAGGACUGUCAAUUCAUGAUGACACAAGAGGAAUCUUUACUGCUGGAACUAAUGAAAAAAGCCAGGCAAAAAUAUGGUAUUAAUCAGCAGGAAAAGUAAAUAUACACACAAGAAAAGUUGUCGAUUGUAGUUUCUAUGCCUGUACCAAGUCAGGAAUAUGACAGUUGUUAUCCAUUCGUUUGAUGUGUUUGAACUUUUGAUUUUGCCAUUUGAUUGGGGACUUUCCUUUUUGAAUUUUCCUUGGAGUUCAGUAUUUUUGUGAUUUUACUUUUUUCUAUUGAAAGAUAACCAAAAAAAAGGACCCGAUUGGUUUAGUUCUGUGUGCUCUUGGAUAAAAAUAAUGUUUUUCAUUGUUGAAAAAACUUUCUUUCCUUCUCUAAUGUGAGAAAUUUUAUACUGAUAUUGGAUUAAAAUAUAGUAACUACUUGGUACAAUAAUUGAACAUUCAAAAAUAAUCCAGUACGGCAUAUUCACAUUUUAGUCACAAUUCUAAGUCUAACAAACUAGCAAAGUUGUACGAUCUCCGAAUUAACCAUAGAAUAGCUGUAUAAACUUCCUCUGUAUGGAUUGUAUAGCUUAGAUGAUACACGGUGACUGUUAUGUUCUAUCUAUCGAUAGUACAUGGCGACAGUGACGGUCAUCUUCUAUAUAUCGAUAGUACAUGGCGACAGUGACGGUCAUGUUCUAUAUAUCUAAAUGGUUUGAAAUACAAUUUUAUAUCUUAUUUCUUUAGUCUCGAUAUCACUGCUAUGCAAAAGGUAAAAAAAAGGAAAUAUUUUGCAUUAUGAAAAAUAAAUGAAAUUGCUUUUUUCAAAAUUUUCUUGAAUUUGUGUAUGAUAUAGAUUAUUUCUUUCUUCAGAGAAGACAAAUUAAAAAAGAAUACAAUUUGAAAUAUUUUUAAAGAAUAUGUCUGUUGUAUGAUAUUAAAUCAAAUUGUUCAUGAUUGAUCGAUUACAUUAUAGUCAAUGUUGAGCAGCUUCGUUCCUAGAUAAUAGCACUUUUCCUUACCAUUUCAGAAGACUUAAUUAAGUAGCUCCAUCAUAAAACCCUCGUUCUAUUAUUGACAAACCGAAUCCCAGUUUAGCAAAUUUUGAUUGUGAAGACUAAAGUUACAAUACUCUCAAUUGUAAAUGUCGUCUACGGAGUUUGACUUUUGCGAAUCGAUAUACGUCGGUGGAACGAAAUGAUGUCGAAACCAAAAAUAGGGAAAGAUGACAUUAAAUUCGUCAUGUCUUUUUUUUAUAAACAUCGUUCGUCAAAUAACUAAAAGUAUUAUACAUUUUGAGACGAAGACUAUUUUAAUAAGGACAUUCCCGAUUAUGAAGUACUUUUGUUGAUGUUUUUCACACUUAAAGAGAAUUGAUAUUCUUUAUUUUAAAUUCCAUUCCAAGAAGAUCCUUAAAUUUCCUGUCAUUUU